AUGUCGUCCGUACUCCCCCCUGUGGCGCCUGCCAGCCCCGCCACUUCCCGGAAGGUCACGUUUGUGCUCCCGGGAGAGGCGAAAGAGGUCACUGCUGCAUCACCCCCUGCAGUGCCCAUAGUGGUUCCUAGUAGGCCAGCUGUGUUGCCACCAACUCCGGCGCCACUUGCUGCUCCGUCGGUUCCUGCAUUGCCGUCGCUCGACUUCCCCCAACUCCAUGCGACAGAGGAGGAGCUCCCAAAAACGAUGAUGUCGGUUAACUAUGCCUCUUCCGAGGAGAAGCCGGUGAGUCCCGAAGAAGUCCCAGAUUACAGCAAGUGGGUCUAUCCUGUGUUGAUGGAGGGCUCGUCCGCAUGCUCACCACCACUGAAGUUUCCUUUGACUGACGUGAUAGCUCCGCACGUUCUCACACCAGCUGCGCUUCUGCGCUGGUCGGAGAGGGAGGUUCUCGCGACCCUGCCGACCAUGCUGCCACCGGAUUAUAUAAUUUUUGGCGGCGCGAAGUACAGCAGCACGUCCCUUGACCUUGUGCACCCGCCACUCGCCGUCGCUACAACCGCGAAGCGUACUUUGGAUUUCCACAACGCGAUGGAAGCCCAACGACUUCAGUUCCUUGUCGAUCAACUCGAGGUGGCGAGGCACUACUUGAAGAUUGAGGCACGACGCGUAACCAAGGCGCAGCGGACGGCGUCCACCUUGACGACAGCAGGCUACACCGCGGUGCCGAUCGACACCGUGAGUGAUGCUAUUCAAAAGAGCGGCGAAACGGAAGAUGUGGCGAUGACGAAUAUCUGGUCUGCUGCGUACUUCGGGUCUCCUCAGCAGCUCACUGCGAUGAUGGAGAAGUGCAAGCUCGAUGGAGUGCUAGAUAGCGUGGGCUACGUCCACUAUAGACGGCGCCUGUGGGGCUUGAAGCGAGUUGGCGACAGGUUUGAGCUCGGGCUUGGGUUGAGAGGCACCCUACUGCAGUUUGCCGCGGCAGCGGGGAAGCUGGACAAUGUUGUUAUUCUGCUGACGAGCGGGGCGCGAGAUACAGCGACUCCGCGGUUGAAGGAGAUUCUGUCAGCUGAGUCCAUGCAGAUCGUUGAGGCUGUUCUCAUACCCCGCACCCAUGCGCCACGGCACAAUCGCGCCCCGACAGUGGAGAUGAUGGCUACAAGCAAAGCAACGCCGCCAGUUAUGGAACGUACUUUCAUCAGCGAGCACGUUGUCAAGAUCGAUGAGGAGGGUCUAUCGCCUCUAGGAAGGGCGAGUGAUAUUGCCGCGGCUGCGAUGGCGGCUUUCGCGUAG